AAAGACAUUUCAGUCUCUGACGGCAUUUCGCAGCGCGCAAACACUUUCUUCGCGUCGCGCUCCGCAUGACACAUUUCCAAAUAAAAGGAAAAAGCUGUAAAAGUAAUACUGGUUAAUUGCUUUCAAGUAAACGAAUUAUUACGAUUAAUGCGUAUGGUUUGUGGCGUACGAUAGUGUUCUUUCGAUUAGUGAUAAAUGAAAACAGUGCCUCUUUGUUAAUCUACAGAUAGUUAACCUAAAUGCAAAAAGCGAUUAUGAAAUAAGCAAGCCAUUUGGAUUUUGUCUUUGUUUUCACAAGGGUUAUUCGAUUCAUUGCUGUUCACGCAAUUUGGCUGCAAAAAAAACCGCCUUGGUAGUUUCGCUUUCCGAAACGCAUUUUGGAUCGGUCCUUGUGGCUGUGCGUAAUGUCUGAACCCACCCCAUUUUACUCGGCAAUGCUCCAACAACAGCGACCAACCCACUUUUACUAGCCACCACAUACAGCAGCAGCAGUGGCAACAACAAAAGCGUCAUUUUAGCCGGCAAAGGUUGGCAUUCUUUCUUAUUUUUAACACAUUUCUCUGCGAAUGGCGUGAUGCUUCUGUCCGCCGUAACUUUUCCUCGAAUCACGCACUAAAUUCAAGCAUUAACUUACUCUUCGAGAUUGUUGUUAAGAUCUUGUACCAUGUCAAAUAUGGCUUUCUGUUGCCUACUUUUUGGGGUCAUCGGAUUCAUUUCGUUUUAUUGUAGUUCAUGAGCAAACAUGCUAAGCCUGUUGACGUGUGCCAAUUGGUAAACAAAGAGUAAAACAUUGAGAGCGGUGAAAUAAUCAAGCAAAGUAAACUAAUUAAAUAUAAAAUAAAUCAGCAACGCAUUUUGGCACAGAAUGAGCCAAACUUUUAAAACUUUAAUGCACGGCAUCGAAGGAGACAGGGAUGGAGUUUCGUACUCGGAGCAGCAGUCAUCGGAGGAUGUGCCGGACUCCACAGCGACAACAACGGCGACUUCAACAGCCGGCGACAUUGGAGGCGGACCAAGGGAUGGCGGCGAGGAUGAUUUCACCGAUGACAACAACUUCGAAUCAAAUCUGCGACGUCGCAAAGGCAAAAUAAUAUCCUGUGCCAAGGAGACCAUCGAAAAUGCAUCCCGCCAAUUACGCCGCAAAGUGCCCUACGCAGGUCAUCUGAUGACUCCUCGUCGCCUUUGGCUCAAUAAAAUACCCACCCAAUGUGAUGUGGUUAUUGAGUUUCCUGAAGAUGCACCAGACGAAGCGCUCCGCUGGCUCCUAGCCCGUAUCCGCUCGCAGCCGCCGGCUGGUCUGGGUCUUUUGGUCCAGGUCAAGGCGCACGAGAGUACGCGGCGCAAUGCCUUCUAUGUCAGUGCACCCGUUAAUGUACUGUUUAAAGCCGCCGAAGAAGCCCGCCUGCCAAAGCGUCUGCGUCCGGAUUUGGGCGGUGCAUUAAGGGAGUUCACCACCCGCGAGAGUCAUUGUUUCCAACAAUUGCGUGGCGAUGUCGGUAGCACGGCACUAUUCACCUCCCAGGAGCGUCAGUGGCUGGUCCUCCAGGUGCUGCAGGGUCUGCGGGCCGGCUGCAGUGACAUCGAUGCCCUUCAUGGUCGAGCGGCUGUCGCCGAGGGUCAGAGCAUCGUGGCCACCUGGCAGGAGUCCGGCCUGAUCACCCAGGUUUUUCCGCUGCACGAGCCCAGUUCGCUGACCCAGCUCCAGACGCAUUGGGUCAAGCAGAUAUUUGCACCGCAGCCUUUGGAUGACAUUGCUGCCUAUUUUGGCGUAAAGGUUGCCCUGUACUUUGCCUGGCUAGGUCAUUACACCUGCGCCUUGGGCGUACCAGCUGUGUUUGGCACAAUACUCUACUGCAUUCUAUGGGGCAAGGGUCAAACGGCCCAGGACAUGGGCCAUGUGCUCUUCUCCUUGUUUAACGUAGCCUGGGCCUCACUGUAUCUGGAGGCCUGGAAGCGCUAUUCCGUUGAAUUGGCCUUCCGAUGGGGCACUUUAUCAACGCCGCCAGAGCUUUUGGAACCACCGAGGCCCCUGUACAAGGGUCCAUUGGAGGAGAACAACGUGACGGGUCGUUUGGAGCCCAAGGAGGCGCCUGCAUGGCAGCGUCGUGCGUUUCGCUACCUGGUCAGCUUUCCCAUUAUUGGAUGUUGUCUGUGCGUUGUCUUUGCUGUGAUGUUCCUCAUGCUGCGUUUUCAGGACUGGUGGGACUCCAAGUUGCCCGAGGAAAGUGUAUUAUGUUGUCUGAGUGUUAUACCGAAAGUUUUGCUGGCAGGAGCAAUUACCUUGAUGGACGAGGCGUAUUUCAAGUUGGCCGUUUGGUUGAACGACCGCGAAAACUACCGCCUGCAGUCGAAAUAUGAGAACCACUUGAUAGCUAAAGUGGCACUUUUCCAGUUUGUUAACUCCUUCCUAUCGCUCUUUUAUAUAGCGUUCUAUUUGAGGGAUGAGGAGAAACUUAAAGAGCAACUGGCUGGCCUGCUCAUCUCCCGCCAAAUCAUUGGGAAUCUAAGAGAGUCUGCGAUUCCCUACUUUCUCGAACAAUGGAAACUGGCCAAAUUGAGCUUCAAUAUGUGGGGUGCUCUUAGCCCAACCCAGAAUGUGACCCGUAGUCUAGCCGAGGAGCUGGCCACUGCCGAAGCGGAACUGAAGGCAGAGUCCACUGGAACGCCCACCAAAUCCCAUCAGCCGGAAUCGGCGAGUAAACGGAAUAUUGGACAGGCUGAAAUAGAGAGCUCGUUGUACAAGUACGAUGGCACUUUUUCGGACCACUUGGAGAUGCUCGUUCAAAUGGGCUAUGUGGUGCUCUUUUCGGCCGCCUUUCCAUUAGCUGGAGUUUGCGCUCUGAUCAAUAACCUGAUGGAGAUACGUUCGGAUGCCUUCAAACUGGCCCACGUUCAUCAGCGUCCCUUUGGGCAACGUGUGGCCAACAUUGGAACCUGGCAGAAUGCCCUGAGCAUCCUUUCCCUCGCCGCUGUUAUAGUGAACUGCGCCUUGAUUGGCCUUUCUGGACAGGUGUCGCGGCUGUGGCCUGGAUUGACCACGGCCCAGACAAUUAUUCUAAUUGUUACCCUAGAGCACAUCAUGUUGGGUCUGCGGCAAGCACUUACCUGGCUGCUACCGGAGUUGCCCUCGUGGCUGGCAGCGGAAAUCGCACGGGCCGAGCAUUGCCGCCGGGAAAUGCAGUGCAAGGGCACCUCGCCACGACCCACACCACCCACUCCGCAGUCGACCACGUCCACCCAGCCGGAACAGGAGUGCACGGGCGGAUCGCAGAUGGAGAGCGGCACGAAUACCACACGAGACCAGUCCAUUGAGAGCCAGGUGGCCGAGGAUAUACUGCUCUACGGACAAGAGUUCGCUGGCUACGGGCGUAGCAUCGAGGCGGAUGUCAAUAUUUAUGAGAAUCGUGAUUCAUCACCCGAUUCGCCGCCCUCGCAGACCAGCACCAUACUGAUUAGACCGCUGCAUGAGUCAACGCCACCACAUGGUGGUGCCUCCCUAGCCAGUCUGCAUCAGGACGGUAAUGGCGGAGCUUAUCAGAGUUGUGUUAGAAAAUCGAAAAUAUUUAUACCGGAAAUUCCACCAUACCUGGGAUAUUCAGUGCGAAAUUUAACAACUUUCGCCGGUAACAAUCGAAACAUGCAACAACAUCAGAAGCUGCAGAGCGGAGCUUCCGCCAGCACGCUAGCGCUGAACUCGGCGGCAUAUGCAGCUCGCAUGCAAUCUAUGCAUAUACAAGAAAUACCGCCCUUCCGAAAGAAAUCAACCGAUUCAGCCGAUCACACAGGCAGCAGCGCCAAUAGCAGUCCCCAGCGAACUACGAUGCGACAACUAUCUGCGCAACGGGAGCCGCAGCAGACGAUCCCUGAGAUACCGCCGUACAAGACGCGCAAGAUAUCCGCGGAGAGUGCCAUGCAUCUGAAUAUGAGCGAACUCGGAAACAGCGCAGAUACAGCAGAUAUUUUAAAGCCAGCUCCAUCCUGGUGCAAUGUGGCCAUGCGGUCGGGUGCACCUGGCAGCAAUUUGGCCACGCCACCAGCUUCACAGCACCAGCAGCAAAUAGUGGCCUCCUCAUCCUCGUCCUCCGGCGGCGGUGGCAGCGUCUUUAGCCCCAGUGGCCCUGGACCAGCUGGAGCUUCCGGUGGCGGCGGCAUCAGCAAUUCCCAGUCAAGACCUAGUGUCGGCGCACUAUCAAACUCUUCAUCUGGCUCAUCCCAUAAACAGCAAUUGAAGCAGCAGGCCAAGGAGGAAAAGGAGCGGGCCAAGGAGGAAAAGGAGCGGGCUAAGGAGGAAAAGGAGCGGGUUAAGGAGAAGGAGAAAGAAAAGGAGAAGGAACGACUGAAGGAAAAGGAAAUCGAAAAAGGAAAGGAGAAGGAGAAAGAAAAGGAUGCUCAGGGAGCAGCAGCAUCCACAUCUACGGCCCCCACUGAUGACGAGGCUAAGGCUGCCGAAUUGGCCGCCAAGAAGUCUCGUCUCAAGCAGAAGCUGGUAAAGAGUGCAAGGUCAGUGGCAAUCUUCUCACUGAAGCUCAAGGAGCGCAGGCAACGGGAGGCGGAGAAGGCAGCCACCAUAGCAGUGGAGCAUGCCAAGGCUCUGGCAAAGCUGCCCAUGCCGCAGCCCGUGGGCGGCGAAUUGUCGCUUAUACCCAUCGAACAACUUAUACAAAUUGAGGAUAUCAUACCUGCCAUGAAAGCUGCAAGCUCCUCGGGUGCACCCACAUCGUCCACUCAAGCCGGCCCAUCGACGUAUCAUCAACAGCAGCAGCAGCAGCAACAGCAGCAUUACCACCCACCUUCACAUCCGCAUCCACAUCCACAUCCGCACACAGAUAAUUAGGCUUAUAAAUACCAAGAUUGAUGGCCACCCUAUCGCACACUUUGUAAAUAGUUUUCUAUGCACCCGCCCCCAUCGAGCCGAGAUUUUAUCAAAGUUACUGAUGGUAUAUGAGCAAAUUUGCUGAAUGUGUGUCUUGUCCAGAGUUGGAAGAAACUUAUUAACUAUAUAUAGUGGUUACCAUAUAGAACACUAAGUUACUAAAACAAUAGGUCGACAAGAUUCGAAUUUUAUUCGGUCCAAUGCUAAACGAUACAGAACUUGAAAGAAAUUUACCUGCAGUUUAACACCGCUAGUAAUUCCAUUCAGAUUUCUAAGGUUUAGUUAUGGUCUGAUUUUUGGUUUCCCAUUGUAAGCCGAGCAAAUUAUUCCAAAACCAUUCACAUACAAAAGUUUAUCAAGUUUUGUAUGAAUGGAGUUUAUAUGAAUACAAAGUAAAUAAUGUUUAUGGCAAUUUAGAAUUUCGGGUACAGUGCAAUAGCAAUGCAUCAAUAGAAAUUGUAGUAAGCGAACAAAACAAUAAUUUUUAAGAGUUGUGAAACGAAUUUUGUGUUAGCGUUUUAGCUGUUAAUGUGUUUUCGUAGUCAUUGUUGCUUAGCGUUUAGUCGUACAAAUCACUUUGUUACAUCAAAAAUGUUGAAAAUGUUAAUAUUGCAUUUAUGUUGCCAGCGAACGAAUACUAAAUAAUUACGUAAUUGCAAACACUCACUCUCACAUGAAAAUCGAAAUCACACAACACAACGACACGCAUAACUGUGAGAUAAUAUCGUCCAUUGUUCCUUCCAUAUAGAGGAUAACGCCUUCGCACUUGCUUUUAGCUAUGGUACAACAGAUCUGAUGAAACUAUUACUAAAUGCAGCUGCUAUUAAACUGCUGAAAACUACAUAUUACUUGCUGCAAAGUUUUUCCUCGUUUUUCAAGCUUGAUCAAAGACAAAACGAAACAAAAGUUGCACACUUUAUCGACAGAAGUCUAGUCGGAAGAUCUAUACUUAAACAUAGAUGCACCCAAAACACAACUGCUAUUUGUAAAUAUAUUGUAGGGAAUAAGUGUAAUUUUAAUGAGGUAUACAAAUUAUAUUAAUGUAAUAAUUUAACGUGCUCUUGUGUUGAACAAAAAUUUCAAGUAAAGCCAUUCAAUAAAGAAGUUAUAUUUAACUGG